CCGUCCCGUCGGAGCUUGUCAGUCCGUUAGCAGCUCCGUUCGCCGGCUCCUGUGGGUUGAGUCCGUGGAUUUGCUGUACCGAGAACACGCUCGUUCGCGAGUACUAUCGCUCGCGCGACAGCAUCCGAAGUUAUACGAGGACCACACUUUUUCGUCCUUCGACGUCCACGAUCUCGUUGCCGCACAGGCGUUACAGCUGACGCGCCGUCUUCGCGACUUCAGGGCCCAGCCAGGAUCCACCUCUGCCGCCGAUUAUAAACGUCAUUUUAGAUUCGAACCGGACCGCGAUAUCGCAACAAUGUACAACGGAUACCCGCAAACGCAAAGCAGUUUUAGGAUCAGAGGAAAUCGAGAUCAUGUUAAUCGUAAUGGAGGAAGUGGCGGAACUUAUUGGAAUAGUCAGCAACAGAGCCAAAAGGAAUAUGGUGUAAAGAAACAGAACAGGAAGACUCCAGGCGAUUUGUUAAAGAAACCUAAUUGGGAUCUGUCCAAAUUGCCCACAAUAACAAAGAAUUUAUAUGUUCCUCAUACAAAUGUUCUGAAUAGAACACCUGAUGAAAUUAACAUGUAUCAUGCGGGCAAGGAAAUUACUGUCAAAGGCAAUAAUACACCUUCUCCAAUCCAGGCCUUUGAGGAGAGCAAUUUUCCAGACUAUGUAAUGGAGGAAAUCAAGAAACAAGGAUUUGCCGAACCAACUGCAAUUCAAGCUCAGGGCUGGCCGAUUGCACUUAGUGGACGAGAUCUUGUUGGGAUUGCACAAACUGGUUCUGGAAAGACCUUGGCAUAUAUUCUUCCGGCGACAGUACACAUCAAUCAUCAGCCUCGCCUCAACCGCGGCGAUGGUCCAAUAGUUUUGAUUCUUGCUCCUACGCGUGAAUUGGCUCAACAAAUUCAAACAGUGGCGCGAGAUUUCGGCUCGUCAUCAUGCAUUCGCAAUACCUGCAUCUUUGGCGGCUCGCCGAAGGGACCUCAAGCUCGCGAUCUUGAACGCGGGGUGGAAAUUUGCAUCGCGACACCCGGCAGGUUGAUCGAUUUCCUCGAGAAAGGCACCACUAAUUUGCGUAGGUGCACGUAUUUGGUAUUGGACGAGGCUGAUCGAAUGCUGGACAUGGGUUUUGAACCGCAGAUCCGCAAAAUUAUUGAACAGAUUCGGCCUGAUCGGCAGGUGCUUAUGUGGUCUGCCACUUGGCCCAAAGAAGUGCAAGCUCUUGCCGAGGACUUCCUCACCGAUUACAUCCAGAUUAAUAUUGGCUCUUUGACUUUGGCAGCCAAUCAUAAUAUCCGACAAAUCAUCGAAAUCUGUCAGGAACACGAGAAAGAAUUGAAACUAUCGCAAUUGUUGCGCGAAAUUGGAACCGAACGCGGCAGCAAGAUGAUCAUUUUUGUGGAGACAAAAAAGAAGGUGGAUGAUAUCACGAAGACGAUCAAACGCGAAGGCUGGUCAGCUAUCUCGAUUCACGGCGACAAAUCGCAGCCAGAGCGCGAUUACGUUUUGUCAGAAUUUCGCAAUGGAAAAACUAUGAUUCUUGUCGCGACCGAUGUAGCGGCACGCGGCUUGGACGUCGAGGACGUUAAGUACGUCAUCAACUUCGAUUAUCCUAACAGCUCCGAGGACUACAUCCACAGGAUCGGCAGAACUGGCCGCUGUCAGAGCGCCGGCACCGCCUACGCUUAUUUCACGCCGAAUAACGCGAGACAGGCAAAAGAAUUGAUCGCGGUGCUAGAAGAAGCUGGUCAAUCUAUAAAUCCGCAAUUGGCAGACAUUGCAAAUUCUAUGAGGAAUCAAUAUGGCAAAGGACGACAGCGAUGGAGCCACGGACGAAGCAAUAAAGAUAACAAUCCUCACGGCAGUCCUAGGAACAAUAUCAGUCCGACGAUAAAUAACUGGCAGAAUCAGCAUAUACCGCACCAGACGAACCAGCAUGUGCAUAAUCAUAAUCAGAUGGCGCAAGAUAAAAUGGUGACGCGUCAUCAGCGUAACAGCGGUUAUCAAGUCAAUCGUCAAAAUAAUUAUCAGCCGCAGAAUUCUUAUCAACAGCAGCAACGACAGUCCACUAACGGCUAUCAAAAUGGUUAUCAGGCGACUAACAAUACGUGCCAACCGGCACAUCAGACCACCAGCGCACCCAGAUACCAAGGUAGAACCACUGGUUAUCAGAGUAAUCGUUUUCAAAAUCGACAGAACGGUUUCAGCAACGGGCAGAAUGGACCGAAUAUGUAUUCGAUGCCGCCGCCCUUCAUGAUGCCGUCCGGUGGGCAUGCGGAUUCCGGGAUACAGAAUCUCGUGAACAGCAAGUUCUUCCAGACCAAUCGACCGCCGCCCAACGCCGGCGCUUGCGCCUAUCAAUCGAUGGGCCAUUACAGCCAGUUUCAAGCGGUGCCGACAUACGGAUACCCGUAUCCGCCCACGCCGGUGCAGCAGUGACGCUUCCCGCGGUGCAAGACCGUCGGAGUACGGGCUAAAUGAAGAAUUAGGUAAGCAAGCAGACAAGAGGCCCCGCCUAUCGGGCGCUCUUGUAUAUGAUAGCAGAUCCAAUUUAGCUAAGGUAGACUGUCGAUGAUAAUUAAUUGAACUGUAAGAAUUUAAAUAGUUAUUUUGAAAUAUUCAUGUGGUGCAUUCUGGAACUUAAAUUCGAACUCUUUAAUCGGUCGGAAUUUCUCUUGGACUUUAGUUUGUGAACUUUCUUUAACUUUCCUUGUGAAAGGGAAUUACCUUUGUUAAAAAAAAAAUUACUAAUAUUUUUUGUUUUCUAUAGAGGCAAAAUCAAAGAUUUAUAAAGAUUUGUUUUUUUUUUUUUGUUUGAAGUUAAUCUGAAUUUUGAUUUGUUUUAUUUUUUGUCGAUGCUAAAAUUUUAGAAAAUCGACAGUCUACUAUAUAUCUUUAAUGUAACACAUGUUUUUAUUUUUUUCAUUAAUUUUUUCUGGAAUUGUGCCCGUUCAACGUUCCUUCAGUAUUUAUUUCGGGAUAUUUAAUCGACGAAAUUGUUGCUCGAAGAGUCAUGCUUUGGAUAAAAAAAAAAAUUUAUUUUUGUUUGUUAUCAUCAUCGCAAUUGAGAAAAAAUAGUUGCUUUAACAAUUUGAGUCCAACUAAUAUGUUGAAGUAACACGCGUUACAAUUAAGCGCUAUAAUAUGAACCUGGAACAGUGGAGGUUAAAUGGUAUAAGCAAAUUCAACUAUAUAUAAAAAUCAUUAUAAAAAUUAUAAAAUAAAAAAAGUUAAAUUAUUAAUACAUAAAAUAAUCUAUUUUUUAAAUUAUGUAAAUUAUAUAUGAUAUAUUUUCAAUUAUAUAUAUAUAUAUAUUUGUACUUUAUUAUAUUAAAUUAUUAUUAUAAAUUAAGAAAUAUAUUUUUUCAAUAUUGCAUCUAUAAACGUUUUCUAAGCGAAAGAGCGAGAAAGCUUCUAUAAUAUAUUUUAUUUAUCUUUUUGUUUUUUCUUCUCAUAUUAAAUUGAGAAAUUUGACGAAGUAUGGACUCGAAUUGUUAAAUGGCGAAUAAACCGGAGCGAUACUUUAAUCAAUCGAGGCACAUUCUGGUUUUCGAAUUUUUGAUGUAGUAUUUAGCAUUAUUAGCGAUGAGCAUACACACGAUAUAAUAUCGAAUCUAGAUGUUGAUCGUCACGUUGAUGGUCCACGAAUCCCUUUAAUGGUAUAAUUGAGAAUAAAUAGUAAUCCUCUUGUGCGAGUACUAUUGUAACUAUAUUAUAAAUGCUUUUUCCGAAAUGCACGAAACAUAUAGAAGGGGGUGGGUUAAGACUAUAUAUCAAGUGUAAUAAUUUAUAAUUUAUUUAUAUAGUUCGCGUGAGAUUACACACCUACACAGAGAGAAAAAAAAAGAAUAAAAGCGAAUAAAACGCGCGAUAUGCUCUAUGUGGAAAGAAAAUUUGUAAGGCCUUUUGCAUAAAAAUUAAGCCAUUUUUUCAUGUGCUCCAGCACAUAAUGAACAAGUUGUCAUGCCCACUGUUCCGCGAGCAAAAAAAUUAAAAAGAGAAAAAAGAUAAAAUAAAAAAAACGAACAAGAAAGAGAAAGAGAGAGAGAGAUAGAGUAGAACAGCUAUAGAAUGUCUAUUCGUCUGGAACAGCUUCGCUGACGGAACUAUACUGAUUUCUGGGCACUCCGAUACAACUCUAAUCGUAGCGUUAUAAAAUAAAAUAAAUGUCUCGUGCUCCGGUGAUCUUACAAAAAUUCAAACGAGCCUCGAGAUCUUUGGAUCCUUGAAAUUCCGUGGAAAUUCGGCGGCUUCAAGAUAUCUGUAACUCGUAUUGAUAUAGGACUUUCAAGUUCUUCGAGGUUUAAGUUAUCAUCUUGAGUCUCAAAUAUACAUCUUGCAUUUAUCCGGGACUUUAAAAAUACAAUAACAUUUUGGUAAAAGUCUAAAUUUUUAGAAUUUUUCACUCGGGAGAUUCCAUAAAAUUUUGAUUCGGGUGUUUUAAUCUUUAUAUGUUUAAAAUCUCUUUAUAUUUUCUCGGAUUAAUUCGAUAUUUUUUUUAUAAGGCUUAAUCCUUGAAUAUAUAAAUAUAUAUAUUAUCUUCGGAUUCUUUCAAGCUUGUUCUCUCUUGGACUCUAAUCUUUGGAUAUCUUGUUAACAUGUCCAGUAUCUAAUAUUCCUUCUGAUCCUUGAAGUCUGGGAUCCAAGGCGAGGCUCGAACACUCGAUCCUUGGAGAGACGCAGAUGGUUUCUAGGGGACAACACACGUAAAUUAAGCACGUAGUCACAAUGGCUGUGUACCUCGACGCAAAUCGACGCAAAAAAGUUUGAUACCUUAUUUUUAUAUAUAUAUCGAAAGUGAUUUGUUGUUGAACCAACGAAUGAUUAUAUGAUACAUUGUUGUUUGAUGUUUAUGCAAUUGGCCACUGAGUGGUCUUGUCUCUGCGCCUUGUACGCGCGGACUGGCCGCCAUCGAAACUAACGUUCAGUUGUACCUGCUAUUUUAGUUGAUUGUGACAAGCAACGGUCCAAAUUACUGCGCCGUCAUUUCUCACUCCGGUAAACAGUGAGCGAUUAUACUUUACUUUUUGCUAAUGUUUCAUUCUUUGACCAGUAACUCGUGUUUUCUUCAAGAUUUGUUCUUUAAGAAUUUCAAAGACUCAGAAUCUCCUUGAAGACUUUUUUAUUUCUUCAAUGCUAUCUUUACAUUCUUAAGAAUAUACAUUUUAAAUGCUAAGAAUUUCUGGUUCUUAAAUAAAUUAAAGUCUUUAGAUUUUGCGUUGAAAUUACAAUGUCUUGAAGUUGUGUUUAGCGGAUUCAUAGGAGAUACUGGUUGAAGGAUGAAUUGUCUUGCGUAUAAUGAACUUAGGAUAUAACAUAUUGUUGUAUUCUGAAGCAACCCUUUGCGGUACCGGAGGACAUUUUUUAAUCAACAUGCCCGAUUAAUUGUCGAACUAAUAAUUGGCGCACGGCUGAUAUAGGGCAUGUUCAUUUUAUUAGCAGCGUAUAGCAAUUUUGCGAGCCUCCAGAUUACUCUGCACAUACCACCGUAUAUCAUGUAAUUAUCGAGAAAAAAAAAGAUAGGAAGAGACAAUGUGAUAAAGAUAAAGAAAAAGAGAUAAUUCUCUGGUCUCAAUCAGGGAAGAAAGCAACUAGUCGAAAACCUCAUUUUUCAUAAAAGAGCAUUUCUCUCGUCGAUUUCGCGCUCUGUUUAACAGCAAUUAAUAUUACGUAAUUAAAAACAUAAUUUUAUAAUCAUUUAUUGUCUUCGAAUUUCAUAUAUAUUUAUUUUCUCUUUUCAAUAAUCAUAAAAAUUGCAGUGUAAGUAAAAAGAAAGUUUUUUUUUUUUUUUAACUUUCUAAGAAGGCCAGAGAAUUAAUACGGAUAAAUAAAUGCAGGAAUGCACUCGCGCAGGGACGCCAUUAUUUAAUAACUGUUGAUUGUUGCCGCGUGGCGAUUAUUCACUCUCGUAACUUAUUUUUGUAAAAUAUUUAGCUAUUAUCUCAUCGCGCACACAGUGCACGAAAUGCAGAGAUGCAGAAAUCCUUUUCGCAGAAAGGUCCCAUUCGUCUCAGUUAGGUUUUCGCAUAUUUUAGGGAUCCGAUAUGAUGAUCUCCGUGGAUUUUUGAUUUCAGACGCUAUUAAUUAUCGUAGAAUCUAUGAUAUUUUUCACGGGAAAAAAAUAACGAUAGUCAAUAAUGUUCAACGAAGUGGGCCAUUUGUAGUUCCUGGGGAUCGGCAUGCUCGUGUCUUCGGAUCCUUGCAUUUUUGAAGAUUCAUAUUUCAGGAUUGUUGCUAUCAUAGUUUUGUCGACAAAAUUGUCGAGUGGAUUUUCAAAUUUGUUAAAAUCCCGGAUUCCACGGCGUUCCGAAAACUUUUAAAACUCUCGAUUCUUUGGAAAAGGAGAGAGAGAGAGAGAGAGAAGGACAGUUUUGGAAAGUUUCUGAAAGUUUGGAAUUCGGAAGUUUCGGGUAUCUUAGAAUCUUCAGUGAAAUAUGAUAAAUAUAAACAUCAAUUUCAAGACUUUAGCGAUUAAGAAUUAUUUCCACAGAGAAUUUCGAAACUUUGGCAAUUUCGAAUUUUAAAACGUAAAGGAUAUCAGAACUACGACACCUUGAAAAUUUUGGCAUUAUCGAAUUGCAGAACAUCGGGAUUUCGUACUUUAGGAAUCUAUAUCGUUUACGAUUAUUUUAAAAAUUUUAAUCUUUUAGAAUUGUAGCAUCUCUUGCUUCAAGUGUUGCGGAAUAUGCUGAGCUUCGGAAUAUCUGUCUUUUGGUUUUUUCAAUCUCUCCAUUCGACGCCUUUCGAAGCUGAAACUUUGAAAAAUCUUGCAUGGUUUUAUUUCUGGAAGAUUAAUUUUUUUACUGCUAAUUAUUCGUGGAUACUUAAAUCUUCGAGUUAAAGGAUUCUUGGAUUCUAGGAUUCUUGAUCGGCGAACAUUCAGCUCGACACAUGCGCCUACUUGUCAGUCUGACUACAUAUGUGGAUGAAUAGUGAUAUAAUAAUAGGAAAUGUAUGUGUUGCGAGCAUGAAAAAAAAAUAUUAGAUACUCUCGCACAUUGCGUGCACCUGCUAUCAAAUCGCGACAAUCUUUCUAAACCGAAUAACGAAUGGCACUUAAUAAAAAUAUCGCUGUAAAGUUAAUCAAUUUAUUUAAUUUCCUUCGACGAGAAAAACUAUUGUCACAAUGUUGGAAUAAUCCUUAUGCUAUUUGCACUUUGCUUUUAUAAAAAGUUUGGAUUGGUUUACAACAUUGCAAUUAUUAUUUUAUGAUAAUAUAAUUUUGAAUUCUUUUUCUUUCUUUUCGUUUGUUUGUUUUUCGUCUCGUCUUCAUUUUUUUUUAGAUAAAAUAAUAAAUAAUGUGGAUAGCGGGUGUACGUGUAGUUCUGUGAUAUGUAAAAUGUAGCAUAUUUCUAGACCUACCUAUCGUGCAUCAUAAUUAAAGUAAGGAACGUAUUUUCUCAGUUUUAUAAGCAGUGUAUCAAUCAUCUGAUCGUAACGAUAUGCUUAAUGCAGGGUAUCGACAUCCAUUUUUUUUUUAGCUAACGGGAAACGAAAGGGAAAUGACAUCGAAGGCACUUUUCUCUCAUUUUUCUGGGGUAAACAGUAUAUGUAUAACGAGAUGGACUAUAGAUAAUAUAUCUUAAAUAGAUUGUUUAAAGUUUUUGCUAACCAGAAGAUAAUAAUUUGAUAAAAUAUUGUCGUUUUAUUUAGCAGUCUAUGCAUUAUUUUUUCUUCCAUAAACUCCCGACGUCUAUUAAUAAUAAGUAAUAUAUUAUUACAAAAUUUUUUUUCUGGAUAAAGGAAUGGUCAAGCCGUUUUACGCAGGUUUUAAAAUUUAAAAAUAUUUUUCCACAAUCUAAGAAUUAUGAAUUAAUUCACUUUUGUUAAAUUAUAUUAUUUAUAUUAACUAUAUUAUUUAUUUUAGGAGCAGUUAUAUAUUUCAAAUAAAAAUCUUGAAAUAUAAAUCUGUAUGUGUUUGGUACCUGCGACUAUAGUGUUUACCCUAUAUCAUAACAGAUAUUAUGAUUUAAAUUGGGAUUAUACUCAAGAAGCGUAGAAUUUUAACUUAAUUUUGCAAGUAUUAAAUGUACAAGUUUUUGAAGUUGAAAUUCUCCAUACUCCAUAAAAUACCACGAAGAUGACGUUUUUUAGGGUGGUGUAUAAUCUCAGGAAACGAAAUCUUUUAUAUCUUGCGAAUAUAAAAUGCAGUUACAGCUUUGUAUCCAUUGAACAUUUUUCAUCUUUAUUUUUAUUCAAAACGAUUAAAAUUAUUGCAAUCUCUCAAUCCUUUGAGUACGUAAUUCGUAAAGGAAUUAGGAUCGUUCGAUUCCUCUGAGAUUAUGAACUAGAACGUUAUAGGAUAGCAAGCUGGUUCGCCAUUUGAAUUUUCGUUGAUUAAGAUCAUCAUUAUUCAAAACUGUCCAUGAAAUCGUUAUGGGACUUAUAAUAAUCGACGCGCCCCUGUGAUAGAGUCAAGUCAUCGGUAAUCGAUCAAAUCCUGCGACGAUAAAACGGAGUCGAUAUAAUCGCAGAUCGGGGGAGAGUACCUUCUUCUUCUUCUUCUACUUUCUUCUUCUCUUCUUCAUACGAUGAACGCUGACGAGUGCUGUGAUAUAUAAAUAAACAUUUUAAUUAAUCGCAAACAUAAAUAUCGUAAUAUUAUAGGAGCUAUUCUUUUUUUACACGAAGACUGAAUCUCGCCAAUUUAUAUAUGAGUUUAGUAAACCCCUUCUCCUCCUCCCCCUUCCCCCCAUAUCCAUCUAAACACGUGUCGGUCGAUGACAAAGAGUCGCUUGCGAUACUCUUUUCUUUGGCGGGCGCAAAAAUUGCGAGAUAUCGCUCUCGAUCGAAAGUGAAGACAAUUGCAAUCUUUUUUGUUAUCGAUUGUCUUUGUAUACCGUAUACGAGACGAAGUGUAUACCGUUAAUUCUUUUAAUGUUUUUGUGUGAUUUCAUCUUGUUCCGAAUGUGGCCGUAUAUUGUUACUACUACUUUUGAUCGUUCGUAUUAUCCACUGUUUUAAGAGAUGUUCGAUUUUUUUCAAGCACUUUAUAUAAUCAUGGACCUUAUAUGGUCUCUGUGAUUACUCUGUGGUUUCGAGUUCUUCCCGUUUUUCGCUCAAAAUUAUCGUGUGCUCCCUUCAAGAAUUCUUCUUCGUAUAAUCCGGCUUGCGUUCUAAGGGUGUCCUUAUAAAGAAAUUAACAAGUUAAAUUAAUAAGAUGCGUUAAUUUUAGAACUAAAUAUUUUAUUCAAGAUAUAUGUUUUUAUUUUUCUUAAAAGUGCGUUAAAUAUUCGUUAACAAAAAUAUUAAAUCCGAGAUAUGGUCGACUAUUUUACACGAACAGUGACGGAUUAAAACGUAUUAAAUUUACUCAAAUAUUGAUAUAAUAAAAAUCGUUUGUAAUAAAUAAAAAAAAAAUCUGUGCAAGUUCUUAAAAAAGAAGAAAAGGAAUUUGAAACAAAUUUUUCUCUUUAUGUAUGAACAUGUUAGGAUUAUGUCCGUCUAAUAACAAAUUUUAAAAUUUUUAAGAGGCUACCGAAUAUACAAAUAAAUGCACAUAACGUUUUUAAUUUAAUAUGCUCUUUAAAACGUACUCAUUAAAUGUGCUCUUAAUUUAACAAGGAUAUAAUCUUUUUUUUAACCAAAAUAUAGAACCGCUUAAAAGUUAUAAGAGCACUUAUAAUACUCGGUGAGAUCAACCAUUUCGAUCGAUCGAUCUGUUUUAUUAUAAUGUAAACUUAAAACCUAAUAAAGAAGCGAUCAAAAUGUUCAGCCGAGUUAGAUUCGCGGCUGAUUUUCGUUUGUUAUAUAUUCAUAAUUUUCUCGUUUAAUCCUCGCAAAUAAAAUGUUCUAGUAUAACUAACAUGUGCGCAAUUAAUAAAACGCAAAAAAAGAGACAUCACCGACUAAAGAAAUUGAGCCACUAAGAUUAAUCGAAUCGCCGCGAGAUAAGCAAGAUGGCGAAAAGUAUGUGCCGAAGAUGUAACCUGUUGCUCUCAAAAAAAAAGAAAAAAAAAGGAAAAAAAAUAUCGCGAUUAAUUAUCCUCUCUUUACUAACAUACUUAUACGGAACAGGUGUUUGCAAGACCUGUAUCGCGCUUCAUUUUUUAUGGUCCUUCGACGGGUGAAUCCUUCAACAACAGUAUGGUAUAGCGCGUCAUAUAUUGAUCAGAUCGCGUUUGGCGGCACGUUUUAUUAGCGCUAAACAUGUUCGUCUGAUCAUUCAAUCGAAUUAUGUACAAUUAUCCUCACGAUGGGAUUUCAAUCCUUAAUGUGGACUUAUUCGAACGAAAAAACUGCAUGUUUAGCGCUAAGCGUACGCCGAGAAUGCGGUGUGUUUUGUCCUAGUUCGAAUGUACGAUGAACAAUGAAUUCGAUACGGAAAAUGUGAUCCGUAGCGAUAUUUUUUUUUUUUUUGUUUUUUUAUUUUACUUCCAAAAUUCUCCGUUGAGACUCGUACGUCUGUAUGUAUGUGUGCUCGUGUGUAUGAGUGUAUUAUCCUCGACGGCGAAAUCGAGGUUGCUAAAUUAUAAUAAAUUUAUAUCAUUAAAUCUAACUUGCGAAAUAAAAAGAAAUAUUGUAUGCGAAAAGAGGGAACCUUGCGAGUUUCAAUAUCGCCUUUGUUUGAUGCGAACAAAAUAUCAAGUUAACGCGGCAUCGUCGUUACGCAUGUCACGUGUUUACAAACAUCACGCUGACACGUUACGAAUAAUAAUGUGGCGAAAGUUGCGCGCUCGAUUUUGCGAGAAAAAGAACACUGAGAAAAAUCGCAUUACUUCAUUCUUUUAAUACUUUAAGCACCAAAUGUAAUGUUACGUCGCAUUUUAGCGAAUUACAGCGAAACUGAGUAGUAGUAUCUUUUAGAAUAGCGUCUAAUGCAAAUCACAUUCUCCGAAAUGAAUCAAUACGAUGUCGCUGAACUUUUCAUCUCUGAAUUAUUCAUGAAAUUAUUAAGGACAAACAUUAUCUUAUCCAAAAAUAUGUGCGAUCAAGAUUUUUGUAAUUGACAUAUUUAAUUUAUUUAGAUGAGAGCGUGUGUGGUGCGUGUAUGUGCGUGGUUACGACAGUGGUAAAGAAAAAGCUCUUAAUCAUUGCACAUAAAUAAUAUGCAUAUAUUUAUGCGUAAAUAUAGAUUGUAUUUAUAUAAUUUUCAAAAGCCACUCCUUGGUCGUAUAAAAAUAUCUGCCGUUAUAUAUCAAUACAUUUUGUUAGAGUUCCGAAAGAUCAUUCACCAAAUGUGACAUCAAAGGAUUUAGAAGUUUAAGGAUCUCGCGAUAUAUACAAUCGUCCAAUACUUUACUUCGAGAUUUUAGUCUUGCUACAAUUUUUUUCUCAUUUUUGAUGCGUAAUACGAGAUGUAGUUAUCAUAGUUUCAUCCAUUUUCUCUUUAAUUUUCUAUGCAAAUGUAUGCAAAAAUAUUUUUACAUUUUCAAAUCGCUGACUUCUUGAAUCUUCGAAUCGGAUCUUGAGAAAAAAAAAAUAGAUCGUCUAUUUUGUAAUUGGGAGGGGGAGGGGGAGAUCCUGUUAUAGUUUGUGAUAUUAAACAUCUAUAAUAUCUAGUCAGAACAGAAUUUUAUAAUGUUGCUUGAUGAUUCAUAAAACAAAUUUUAAACACCGCAUCUCUCAAGGAAAAUUUGCCGUUUUAUGGCGGACGAGUUCAGGAGUCAGCGACACAGAGUUGGCACACAAGAUGAUAUAAUUUAUAAAUGUUUUUCGUGAGAAACAGCAAUUGGAAGAAAAUGUGCCUGUAAAAAAAAAUGGAUAAAUUCGUCGAAAUAGCGAAAUUCUAGUCUUUAAACUUAAAAUUAUGUGUGCGUGUGUGUGAUUUGAAGUUUAUAGAAAUUGAAUCUCUGAUCAAAGAGCUGUUCUUAGGAAGAUUGGGGACUUGAUUGAAUGAAGUAAAUUUUCCAGCGCAAUUCUUACAAAAAGAAAAAAAAAACAUUAUGAAUUAUUAACAUUGCGUGUUGCCAAUUAUAGGUCCACUCCUAUCUUGGAGCGAUCCUACUUUGCUUAAUACAAUCAAAUUUGCUACAAGGAUGAUAUUGCAAUACACAAACGCAUAGAGGAGUCAUUAAUUACACCAUGUGAAUCGCGUGACAAUUCCAAUUCGCGGGUAUAAAUUUUUAUGUUUCGAUAACACUUGUCGCGACGUAUAAAGGAGGAAAAAAAGCGUAAAAAUAGAAAAAAAAUAGAAAAAGCGGAGACAAAGAGGUGGCGAAAUUUCCUGAUCGCGAGCGAUUUUUAACUCCAGUGUAAUUAUUUGAUUAAUUCUCACGGCCAAAGAGAGGUAACGCAUGAAAAAGAAAAAAAAAGUGGCUCGUUUAUUUUUCCACCAUGACAUGUAUAUUUCAGAGCGGCAAGUAUGGUAAUAGCGGUAUACAAUAGCGUGUAUGUAUGCGUUUAGAUGCAUGAAUAUUCGAGAAGCGAGCAGAGGAUGAGUUUGGCGUACGAAUUGCUUAUACCGAUCGAAAAAAAAAAAGAAUGAAACUAACAAUUAAUGGAAAUAUGUUUGCGUUUAUUGCUAAGCGAGAGAGAGAGAGAGAAAGAGAAAGAAAAAAAAGUAUACAUUUGUUGCAUUGUGUAUUUACGGAUGCAAAGGCAAAGAAUAGCGCGAAGCGAUGUUAAGAGAGUAUCAGGCUCUAUAUUCAGAUUCUCUUCUGUAGGUUUCAUUAAAGUGCAUUUCUUGUAUGUUAUUACAGUAUUACAGUAGAACAUAAGGAAAAUAAACGAAUGCAAUAGUAAAAUGCA